CUAGAAAUUGGGGACGCAUCACAGAGGGAGAGAGCUGAAGCUGAAACAGAGGAGGAGACGAUGAAGAAAUCGGGCGGAGCGGAGAAGAAGAGGACGCGGCGGACGUCGGCGGCCGUUCCCGGCGGCGGCGGCAGCCGGGACCCUAAUCCCGACACUCCUCCUGGGAAACAGGCUGCAAAGAGGGAUGUAUUUGAGUUGUUUGCUGAGAAGGUGAGGGAUCAUAAGGAUCUGGAAUCUAGGUGGGCAGUCUUACAGGAGACGCGCGUGGAAUAUUUUAGAGGGAAGGAUUUCGUUACUUUUCUGAAAAACCAUCCAGAACUUAAAGAUAUCUUGGGGUCGGACCAAAAUUUAGAAGUUGAAGAUAUUGGGAAUGCUUUAUUGAGAAAAAAGCUAUUGAUUCGAUGUGACCGUGUGGUGAAAACUGUCCGUCCAGGGAAGAAAAAGUUGUCCACCUGGCCAGCACAUUUAGAGAUGUAUCAUGAGCAUGUAUUUUCUGACAAUGAUGCCUUCUUUGCCUGGACAUUUGAGAAACGGCAUCCAUUAUGGCAGACGCUUCUCUCAUUCUCCUGGCCUGUUUUAACCCUGGCAAUAUGUUUAUUUCCAGUGUAUCCCCAUCAGUGCAAGAUACUAAUACUCUACUCCUGUGCCGGGGUCCUGCUGCUAAUACUAUCCCUUUUGUUCGUUAGAGCUGCAAUAUUUGGUGCAUUGUAUAUCAUCCUUGGAAAGCGUGUUUGGUUUUUCCCUAAUAUUCUUGCUGAGGAAGCAACUCUUGGAGAACUAUUCCGUUUCUGGCCCAAGAAAGAUGAGGAGGAGCGACCAAAGUGGACAACCAGGCUCUUUUAUGCAAUGGUAGCAGUGGUGGUCAUCUUGUUGCUUAGGCAUCACGCCCCUGAUGAGGCUGCUAGAGCCAGGUACCAGAAGCGGGUAUUUAACAUAAUUGACGAUGUUAUUGAGUGGUCUCCGAGGUUGGCUCUCUCUGGCAUGAUGGAGAAGCAGCCUACGGUAGUCAAUGUGACGGAGCCCAACCACAAUUUCACAGAUGGUAGCAAAUCAAGCUCAGAUACAGGAGGUGCUGAAGCCUCUGAAGAGCAAGAUGGGGACUCGGGCGAAAAGAUAGAGGACUCUGCAUUUCAGCAACCUGAUAACGUAGAGGACUCUGAUGUAUUUCAGGAACACGAUGAUCAUAUAUGAUGGUAGAUUAUCGGAUGGCCCGCACUUUAAGGAUCACUUGGCCGGCUUGUUCUUUUCUUUUACUGGGGUUUUCCUUCUUUCAAUUUGGAGUGUAAAAGCAGUGUAACCAAAGGAUCUGAUAAUAAUGCAGUUAGGUGGAAAGAAUCUCAUGCCCCUGUCAAUAGGAUUGUCUACAGAUUACAAUGAAGUGCUAUUUAAGAAGGGUUUUCUUUGUUUUGCCCAAAGGAAAAAUGAGGUUUCUGUAUCUAUAA